AUGAGUGCCAGUAAUCAGCCACUCAGAGUCGCCCCGAAGAGGUUACGUGCCACUCACACAAAAUCCCGUCAAGGAUGUUAUACGUGCAAGUCGCGCAGGGUUAAAUGCGAUGAAGCAAAGCCCAUAUGUGGUGCCUGCGCCUUAAGAGGUGAGCCCUGUGGCUUCCCGCCAGACACUUCUCGCCAACCCAGGAGGGAGAGGGACGAUGCGUCUGGAGGCACUACGUCCAGGCAGGCCCAAAGAGAGCCUCCUUCGGUCUCCAAUGCCAGAUCACCCCAUGCCCUGGAGUUUGAUCUGUCUCCUGCGCCGUCAAAUGUCGCGGCCGAGGCGAACUCUCAAUCAAUGAACAUGGUCGAUCUGCAGCUUCUGUCGUACUUCAUGAUCCAUACCGGCAAAAAUAUGUCGUUGAUUCCAUCUCGGCAAAAGGUAUGGCAAACUGUUAUCCCUAGGCUGGCGGCACGCCAUGAAUUCCUCAUGCAUCUCUUAUUGGCAUUGGCCGGGCUGGAUUAUUUUCAUCCUGAUGGCAACCCUGACGCAGACCUUGCUGUGGGGAGUGAGUCAAGGGCGGAUCAAUCCACUUCGAUAAGCGUAGAGCAUCACCUGCAGCUCGUUGUCAGACACCAUCAAUGCGGUCUUCAGGGGUUCAGGAACCAACUAUCCGCCCUGUCUGACUCCAACUGUCAUGAAGUCUUCUCCGGGUCAUUACUCCUCGUUGGUUUUGCUUUUGCGUCGUUACGAAUGAGGAACUGGAAUGAUUCACAUACAUCCCCUCUGCCGCCGCUGAGAAAACCGCGGCUCGACUGGAUAUACCUCAUUCGUGGCUUGACCGCCGUCGUCGAACAGUGCUGGCCGAGUUUGAGGAUGGGUCCGUUAAGGGAGAUGCUGCAGUAUCCCGGGGCGACCGAGGACUGGAAAAUGUACCCCGAGAAGAUGUCCACUACAGUCAUACCUCGUGGAUGCUCUCCCAGGAUUUCCAGAUUCUGCCAGGGUGCAUACAGAGCUUUGGCUCGUCUACAGGCCUUGGAAGGGUCAACGCCGUCUUCGUCAGCUGAAGACUCACCCGAAUCCCGCCCCUCUGGACUGAAAGAUGGGCUUGAUCUCGUCGAGUCGGUUUACAUGAGAAUCCUCUAUCUAGCGCAAUUUUCCAGAGACGAGAAAUGCACAUCCAUCGAACUCCAGGCUGACAUGGAGGAUGCGGCCGUUAUGGGGUGGCCGCAAGCGCUCUCAGAGGAGUUCCUUGCAACUCUCGGAGACCCGGACAUAGCACCAAACAUAUCGCUGGUCAUCCUUGCGUAUCUUUAUCUGACCCUAGCGCUUUUUGAAGCCGCGUGGUUCCUCAAUGGCGCCUUUGAUGAGGAUAUCCAGAAAAUCGAUGCCCUUUGCAAGUCCUAUGGCGAUAGGACUCUUAUUUCGCUGAUGGAAUGGCCUGUUUCAGUGAUCAACGGCUGA